CAAAGGACGCCGGUGGUACAGCUUCAUACUCUUGAUUCUCGGAGUCCGUUGUUCAGAAACGUUUUGACUCUCGUUCACGUCGCAACGUAGUCACUGCUGUAUCUUAAACUUUUUCUCGUUCGUUGCACACGAGAACACGUGACUUCGAGUGAAACACGAAACAAUUGAUAUUUUGGGGGGGGGAAAAAAACAAAGAUUACUUUUUAAAAUAAAAAUAUUACGGAUGCAAUCAGUCGCAAUGGAAUUGAAUCAAGCAACAAAUUUGGACAUGGAUUUUAAAAGGUUCUUUAGUUUUUCUUCUCCUUUAUAAAAUCAAUCGAUUACAGUUAUGCUUGUGACGCUCGAAACAGCUCGUUAUGACAAAAGUUAAAUGUGAAAAGACCUGAGAAAAAACUUGAAAUUGUGUAUUCUAUGGAUUAUGUGACUGGCAAUGUUGACUCCGAGAUUCUCUCUGGCAAUGUGCAAAGUGCGGUUUUUCUGCUGACAUUUGAUCCACCGAAUGGACGAACUAGGGAAAUCGAUAAAAUUCAUAAGCGGUGAUUAAAUUUCUCCGCUAAUUUGGAAACAGCUAACGCUGCUCCCAUCGCCGCUCGUGUCUCCAACGUGGGACACGAGGUCGCUUGAAGAGGGUGAGCAAAUCGAGUUUCGGGCGUUGCAGUUAUGAAAAGGAGCGGAAAAUCUCGGGGAAAAAGACUAACGAGACACGGCGCAGGGGGAGAGAACACCCCGCGAAAAUGAUGCGAGUGUUUAUCGGCGGGAAAAGAUUUCGCCAGUUCGGUACUUCUGGAGUCUCAGAAAAUGAGACGAGAACUCAGAAAAUGUAUUUUUUUGUUUUUCUUCUGAGAUCCUCGAUACUCAUGAACGUGUCUUGAAGUGUUUCUCCAUAGAUGGGACGAAGAGGAAGCGAACGCGUCAACAUAAAAUAUCGAUGUGUCAGCAGCGAAAGAGCAGUGUUUCAUUGUUGUUGGAGUUUUGGAAAUAUUCGUGCGGUAUCGAGUUUUGUUUUUGUCAUCAAACACCGUGAAGUGUAUUUAAAGAGUGAUAUUCGAGUAGAAUCCUGGUGAAAAAGUGCUAAAAAUGGAGUCCCUUCAAGAUUGGAACACGUCGAAGUCGACGGUUUUCGAGUCGAUGGUGAAUUUGACGCCGUUUUGUUGUGCUCCGAACGGAUCGGAUCAACUGAGUUUCGAGGAAAUCGGACCCGCAUACGAUCCCGUGUUAAUAAAGCGUGUUGUGAAUGUUGUCGUUCCGUUGUUUUUUGGUGCGAUUGGUAUCGUUGGUCUCAUCGGUAAUUUUCUUGUCGUUAUCGUUGUUUUGGCAAAUCCGGGAAUGAGAUCACCCACGAACAUUCUCAUCACUAAUCUCGCCGUUGCUGAUUUACUCUUUGUUCUUUUUUGUAUUCCAUUCACCGCCACCGAUUUCGUCCUACUUUAUUGGCCUUUUGGCAAUGUUUGGUGUAAAAUCGUACAGUAUUUGAUAAUCGUUACCGCAUGUGCGAGCGUUUGGACCCUCGUUCUCAUGAGUCUCGACAGAUGUCUUGCGGUUGUACAUCCGAUAGCUGCAAGAUCGGUGAGAACGGAUUUCCAUGCUUUUCUCGCAAUAUGCAUAGCUUGGGGCGUUAUACUCACAGCCUCAGUCCCGACUCUUAUCAUUCACGGAGAGAUUAACUUUGUUUAUCAGGACGCGGAGCACCCGACGCCGAAAAAUUUAACGGCAUGUAGAAUUUUACCACACUACAAUUGGCCAACUUUCCAAAUAUCAUUCUUCCUCGUCAGUUACCUCGUACCGUUGACCCUCAUUUGCGGCCUGUAUAUUUGCAUGCUCGUGAGACUGUGGCAAGGGAUGAGAACAAGCGCCGAAAGUCGACGAGGCAAAAAAAGAGCAACCAGACUGGUCAUCAUCGUCGUUGGUGUAUUCGCCACUUGCUGGUUGCCGUUACAGGUUAUCCUCGUUACGAAGUCUUUGGACUCGUAUCCAUUAACGUCCACGACAAUAAUGAUACAAAUUGCGAGCCACGUAUUGGCCUACACGAACAGCUGCGUGAACCCAAUCCUGUACGCUUUCUUGUGCGAAAAGUUUCGUCAAGCUUUCCGCAAGAUAACGUUUUGUCGACCGAGAGACGAAAUUCAGCAUAGACUCGGACCCCCAACAAGAACGACGAGGGCAGCGAGCAGUGGGAAUGUACUGUAGUUCCAGGAGAUCGAGGCCGUGUAGGAAAAAAUUUAGGUAAUCAAUUUGAGGAUUGAUCUUCGACGGAGACGGCAUGAAAAUCACUUGAAAAGCUUUCCUCGGGACAAUGGCAAACAAGUGGAUACACAUAAAAAUCUUGGCGUCGUUCGUCGUUCAAGACUGUAUUUGUACUCUCGAAAAACUACUCUUCAAAAGGGAAUUAUACGAAGAAAUUUUGUAGGUUUUCGAGAGUACGCUUCACCGGCAAAUACAGCGUACAUUUUCUUCGAUGGCAUCGGUCAAAAUUCGUACCGGAACGUGCUGUUCAACGAGAUACCAUGUAAGAGUGGAGUGCCCUAACAGGAUUUUAAUCCAUGAUUCACUUCCGCCCUGAAUAGUAAAAAAUAUUGUAAUACUAAUGACAGUUAGAAAACGAAAAAAAUAGUGGCGUUCGGGUGUGUAAAUAGAGAGUACCAUGUGUAAGAUCAACCGAAAUAUGAAUAAUGAAACUUGUACGAUUAAGCUUUGAUGUAACGAAUUUAAAUGUAAAAGUCGUGAUUUGAUAGUGGUUCAUAUGAAAUAUAAUGAAACGGUUUUCUUCUAUGGAUUGUUAUAACAUUAAGAGAAAUUUAUUCCUUAAAAAUGUUGUAUCGACGUGUCUGAAAUUUAGGUGUGAAUAACAGUCGUGUGUGUAAAGAAAAAAAAUGUGAGUCUGCCUCUCCAGCGAAAAUGAAACGACUCAAUCACACUUAUAGGCAGCUUUGAAAAUUGUCAUUUUCUUUACGUGGUAAAUCCUAAAUCGAUUAUACUCUCCUUCUGUAGAACUUCCUGUCUAUUUUAAAAUUUUUUAUUUAUAAAAUAUUGAUCAAAACAUGAAUGUAAUUUUCAGUUCUUUCGUACGAUUAAUGGAAUCGAUGGUUUGCUUAUACUAUCGAUAAUCAAAGUGAGCAAUUUGUGAUUUUAUUGCCGAAGAAAAUUCGUCAGAGAACGAUGUAUACGAGAGGUUAAAAUGGGCUCGCUGGUUCGAGUCUCGAGAGGACCACACACGUGUUGCGUAUUUAUAUGGUAAUUAUGUUCAAACAUAAACUAGGGUAAAACCUCCAGAGUAAAAUGGAAAUACUCAAUUGCAUGUAAAAAUAGGAAUGAAAAAUAAUAAAUAGGAAGAAAGAUAAAAAAAUAUUCUGACCUACUAUUGAGUUACUGAGUGCGUUGAACGAACGGGAGUUGGAAUUAUUGAAGAUUUAAUUGAGUGGAUCAUGGCAUAAGAGCGCCCCUGCCUCUUCCGCCCAAUGAAACGACGAUAAUUCGAACGUGUGGAUUAAUGAGUAAGAGAAAAAAGUUCUUGAUAGCACAUACAUAUAUCACGUGUAAUUAUAAGUUAAUAUAUUUGACAUAUACUUUUACGAAUUUCCCGAAAAUUUUUGGGCGUCGACUCACGUAAAUGUACCAUCUAUGCUAUUCAGUAACUCUAUAAAAAUUAAUUAACAGUGAACGGACGAUACAAAUUGUUACUGUAAUGUGAUAGAUAAAAAUUAUACUAAUCAAUGCAUAACCGACUCGCUUGCAUUCCUCGUCUACUGCACUGAUUCACGACACCAUUAAUUUUUUUUUUGUUUUUUUUUCAAUCUGUUUCAUCAUGUAAAGCGAUUAUGUAAAUUCUGCGAAAAGUUUGAAUAAACACAAGAUGAGAAAAAAAAUGGAAAACUUGA